AAAAGUUGUCAGUACUGUGUGUUCUCUGACAAAGUAGCAUUCAAUUCAAACUCAAACAGAGUUUCUUGCCGCAAAAAAGUUGUCCGUACUGUGUGUUCUCUGACAAAGUAGCGUUCGAUUCAAACUCAAACAGCGUUUCCUGCAGCAAAAAAUUUAUCCGUACUGUGUGUUCUCUGACAAAGUAGCAAUCGAUUCAAACUCAAACAGAGUUUCUUGCCGCAAAAAAGAUGUCAGUACUGUGUGUUCUCUGACAAUGUAGCAUUCAAUUCAAAAUCAAAGUAAGUGAAAACCAUUUGUGAAUUAUAUCUUCGAGUUUUACGUGCCAUACAAUCUCAUACAAUAACUUUUUUUAUUAUUAUUGACUGCAGCAGCGUUUCCUGCCGCAAAAAAGUUGUCCGUACUGUGUGUUCUCUGACAAAGUAGCAUUCGAUUCAAACUCAAAGUAAGUGAAAACCAUCUAUGAAUUAUACCUUCGAGUCUUACGUGUGUUAUAUUCUCAUACAUUAACUUUUCUUUUACUAUUGACUGCAGCAGAGUUUCUUGCCGCAAAAAAAAGUUGUCAGUACUGUGGAUUCUCUGACAAAGUAGCAUUCAAUUCAAACUCAAACAGAGUGAUUUUUACUGAGUGACGUCAAGAAAGAAAGAAAGUGUUUUCUAAACAUGAGUGGAACUUUGUCCAAAAAUGAGGACGACAGGGGAAAAAGACUUGAAGAGACUCUGGUAGAAGCAAGUACUGAUGUAGUUUUGUUGAUCCAAUCGAUUCGGACAAACUCCAAAAACGAAGAUGAUUUGAAUGGUCUGGACAUUGAAACCAAAGAAAACUACUUGAAAAUUAGAGAGAGCACCAGAAAACAGUGUCUUAUUUACUCAAAACAUGUUCUCCCUCUGACAAUUGACGUCUUCAAGAAGAUUUCCUCACUGAUGGAUAAUUACGCCGAUAUCGAACCUGAGAAAUGGAUAUUAUCUCUUUCAGAUAUUAGGAAAAAAUUGAAAGAUGCAAAAUCUUCAUGUGAAAAUUUAAAAAAUAUUCACAACGAAAUUAUCCGAAACUUGAAGGCAAAUCAUGCUGAAGCUGAAUCUGCGACCGAUGAAUUCAAAAAAAUUGAAGAAAAUUGCCAGGAAAGCAUAAAGGUUUUGCAUGACGAAGCCAAAAAGGCGCAGAGAAAAGAAGAUAAGGCGAAUUUCUGGAAAAAGGUUCUUUCUGUUCCAACAUUUGGAAUUGGUUAUGUAAUCGCCGGUUUGGUCGCGGAGAACCACAAAAAGCAAUCGCAGACAAAAGAUGAAGAAGCUGCUAAACAAGAGAAGGACGUGGAAGUUGUUAAGAGAGCUGUGUCUAUGAGCAAUCAGCUGAAACUCAUAUUGGAUCAUUUUCUGGACCGUUUAGAUUCAAUCCUUGAGUUCAUUGGCCUGUGCGAAAUCAAUGUGGAAAAAAUGAUCGACAAUACAGAAAAGGCAAAAUCUUCAAAUGAAGGCAGGGAAAAUCAUCUUACAAUUACGAAGGCAAGGGCUAAAGAUAUAAGAGGAUUAUGUGACACAUUCGUGACAAGUACGGCACCCAGGUUGCAAAACGAUCUGGCUCUGUUUCCUAGUCAACCAGAAGACGAGAAGUUUUUGCAAGAAUGGAAGGAAAGCCACAAUAUCACUCUCGCUGCUGCGCAAUUGCAGCUAUCUGAUCCAGGUAUAAAUUCAACUAUAACUAACGAGAUAAACAACGGGCAGAACCGAAGGGGAGAAUGUCAGAACAAUAACCUAACGAGGAAAACCAGCGGGAAGAACCGAAGGGAAGAAGGUCAGAACAAAUAACAGGUUUUGAAGACUAAUGACUGAUUGUUAAAAGCAAUCUGUGCUUACAAUGUAAAUAAAAUAGUACAAAAGAAAUUGAUAUCAUCUCUGGUUUUUUGAAGCCUGGUUACAAAGUCC